ACUCCGAAAGCUGGAAAGAAAGAAACUUAACCGAGGGAAAUCUAGCCUUUCGGCUUGUUCAAAACCAGAUGAAUUCUCUUUGAGAGAAAGCAUGCACGUUUGCCGACAGGAAAAGGGCAAUUUAAAAAGUUCUGGAAUGAAGGAAACGGUAUUUUAAAAAGCAACAGAAGGGAGGGGGGGACCUACAUGGAAAUCUGUGAUGCUUUUCAGCUGUACAAAGACACCUCAUAAUUUUUAACCUUUUGCUUUCACGAAUGCAGUUGUUCAGCUGGAGUUUUGUGGGAUAAACUUUCUUCCAGACGGUCGGGGACUGCUUCCUGAAGGGCUGUUUGUCAUAGUCCGCUUUGCUCCGGAGACCUCGAACUUCUCGCCGGCUGAUGCCAUGGGAAAGCUCAAGCCCAGAAGUGAUGGAGAACACUUGUGUUUUUUCCCCACGGGCAAGUCACAUUUCCCCCUUCAUUUCACGCUGACGAACAGUAGCCACAGCGAUUCUUCCUACAAUGUGGAAACGGGACAACAUUAGAAACCCAGGGUGGCCAUGGCUUGCCGGCAGAUUCUGCCUGGCCGGAGGUGGUGUCGACUUCGCCCGUUCCUGGUGGUGCUGGUGCUGGCUGCUUGUCUUUUCUACCAGACCCUGACACCCUUAAGGACGAGGAGAUACAUUUCACCAGCUGGCAAUGGAGUUCUACCAGACAAAGUGGUUUCGGAGUUGGUACAGCAUAGGAGGUACAAGGAGAUCUCCGCAAGCCAAGCCCGCUGCUUCCUUCCUUCAAGCAAUCUACAAGUACGGAAGGAGAUGGAGGACUCCAUUUUUAAAUUCUUUGGAAGUCAGACAAGGGCAGUAAUACUGUACAUCCCGUCUUCCGGCAGUGAACAAGACCUCCUGUUAUACCGGCACAUCCUUGCACAGCACCAUUAUAGAGUUACAGUCCUUGAAGACAGGAAACUGAGUGGACAUGAAAUCCCCAAUCCAGAUGAAUUAAGCUCUUGGGAUCUUUUGAUUUGCCUAUCUUCCAGCAAAGCCGACCACGAAAAUUGCUUAAAUAGAGUGGAAUCGCAUGGAGCAACAUUACAGCAGAAGGCAAAUGCCGUUCCCCAAAUACAGCGCCUGCUUUGCAGGAAAGAAGGGUUAUGCCAGAUAGUCAGAACAUUUCCAGAUGUACAUCUUCCAGUUGCCCUUUCUGCCUGCCCCGAAUCAAACAUUGCACCUCUUCAUACCGUGAAGUCCCAAGACGAUAACAAAAGGACAAGUUUUACACAAAUGUUGCGUCGGCCGAUCGAGAAUGCUCAGCGGCAUCCAUCCUCCACUAAAGGCACCUUUAAAAUUCAAGACAUUUCAGUCAUUAUCAAAGUGUAUGUGCUGGUGACAUCUUUAACACCUCUGCGGGCAUUCAUUCAUUCAACUGCUGUCGUCUGGUAUCCGCCCAAGAAGAAGCACUUUUCAGUCAAGCUGCAAGCCUUUUUCGAAACCUUCUUGAAGGGCAGUUCCCCGCAGCAGGCGCUGGAGGACAUGAAAGAAGCAAUAACCAAACUCUUAUUGAUAACUGAGGUUUUUAGUGAAGCCCCUUCUUCCGGACCAAAGGCCUCCAGCCAGUGCAGUUCCUGCUUUCAGAUGCUAACCUUUGACGUUGGGCUCAGCAAUAUGGAUCCGGUUAUUCUUGAGGUACAUGAACACUUUGAUUUUCAAGCUGAGGGAGAGUCGGAUUUUCAGGACCAAACUGUUAAAGAAACCCUUCUUGGAGAUACUUUCAGAAUUCUCUUAUCAAAUCAGUCAUCUUCCUCUACUUUCUUUGAGGCUUUGCAGAACGUUUACCGAUCAGCAGGGAUUAAGGAAGAGCAUCUCCCAAUGGAAUUUGACCAUUGUCUAACUUUAGAAGAACUAAACCCACUGAUCAAUUUUGUAAAAGAGCUGCAGAAUCUAGGACAAUAUGAAGUGCUGUUCCCCUCCACUGUUCCCAAGACCCAUUUUUUGAUGCAUGACCUUUAUCGCAUGGUGAAUCCGGGGGGAAAACUUGGCUCGAUCCUGACUGUGCAUUGGCUCCUUUCAAAUUUACUUGAACAGUUGCACAUCAUUAACAAAGUACCAGGUGCAAACCUUCCAAAGGGGCAAAACAAGGAUUCCAGAAACGUGUCUUGGAUGAAAACGAAACGGUCAAGCCUUAGGACUGGAUACUCAGAGAAGGGUGGCAUGAAAACAAGAUAUUCUACAAUUAGAGAAAAACAUGAAGGUUUGCGUUUUUUAAAUCUGGCUGAAGAAAUACACUGCAUUCAUGAUAAAGAUUCCCUGCCUCAUAUCAAGCAGAUCUUCACCAAUCCACAUUUGGAUUUGAAUCCUAAUUUUGACCCCAAAAUCAAGGAAUACUACUCUGAAGUCCCAUUUGAUGUGGUGACAAUAAAGAUUAGAGCAGAACCUGCAAACUGUCGCUGUGAAGCCCACCUGGAUGAGAAGAACGGACCAAGUGUUGCAAAUUACCCUCUUGGACUAGGAAUAAACAGAAUAAAUAUCCUGGUAACAGAUAGAUCUCAAUCGCUCCACGAGAUUGUGAGCAUGUACAAAAUCAUCAUUUACCGAGAAGACCGCCCAAGCUUGCCAUUGUUUGACGACUUUAUGGUGUGUGGCUUUGUGCAGGAUUGUGGCACGCUCAUUCAUCCUGAAGAACCCUGUGGCUUGCAACCUCUCUCUGCUGACUACCUCUCAGCCAUUUCAGAGGCGCAGUUGAAAACAUGUGAAACGGGAGACACAAAAGGACAAUGGAUUGUGCCCUGCCUGAGUUGUUCCGACAACAGAACCUGUGAUUGGAGGCAGAUAACAUGGCAGCCACACAACUGUCAAUAUCCCAAUGUGAACAAACCAGAGCUCCAACAAUGUGUAAAAAACAAAAAGGUUCUUUUCAUUGGCGAUUCCACCAACAGAGGGAUGAUGUAUUACUUAAUAGAGAGAGUGAACGAGACCCUCCAAGAAUGGCAAAAGGCUCAUGACAUGAAGUUCUAUCAUAACGUGAACAACGGGGACACUUUUAUCAGCUACUCCUAUUACCCCCAGUUUUGGAUUGACGUAAAGCAAAGACCAGCCUUCACAGAAGCUCUCGAGCAGCUGCUACUCAGAUCACAGCCACUAGAGAACACAGACCAGACUAUAUUAGUUGUUGGUGGUGUCCAAUGGCUCAAUUUCAACCACUUACAUAUUAUUCAGAAAGUACUGAAACAAGCGAAUCUGUCAAAUAUCCUGGUAGUGAUAAAAUCCCUGGGAAUGGGCUUUCACCUGCCAGUGGAUGGAGUGCAUUCCUUGUCACCUGCCGAAGUGCGAGAUCUGUGGAAGGAAAAUCAAGCUAUUUUGAACACUGCAAAGCAAUAUGGCUACGAAGUGGUCGAUACUUUUAUUAUUACCAUGGGGCGAUACAAGGAGUUUUUGCAAGGGAAGUGCGGGUGCCAUUUUCAUGAGGUGGUGAAAUCUAAAGCUUCUGAAGGGAGCUCUCCCAUGGCAAGAAUGUUAUCCGGGCCCUAUGCUCUGGGCAAAUUUUUCAACAGCCAAAGCAACCUGAUGAAACGGCAAGCCUAUGCCUCAAAUUCUCAGUCCCCUUAUCAUGUACGAGGUCCAAUAAACCAGGUGUAUUCAGAAAUCCUCCUCAGCCGCGUCUGUGCAAAUGACAGGAAGGUUCUUGGAACGUAACUUUGCUGGGCUGAAGUGCUUACUCCCAGCCUCCUCUCUUCCCCAUGUGGCGAUACACAGAUUUGGUUUUAUAUAUAUAUAUAUAUUUACACACUUAUCUGAGUGGCUGAACAUACCAGCCUAACUCAAGACAUGUGGCACUUUCGGCAAAGCCUUAUGAAAUCAAGAUGUGUCCACAUGUAUCUGCGGUUUCAGAACGGGAGACAGAGAAGCGCGAGAAAUGGCGGCGAGGGCAAAGGGAGGGGGAGGCAUUACUUGAAACACUGCCAAAUGUUUAAACAGUUGUAAGCUAAGUAAAUGUAAUGUGAUAUAGGAUGUGAUAUAUUUUGCCCGAGUAUAGGUACGGAUUAGAAUGCUAUAUCGCCGGCGAAACGAAUCUCAUUCCAUUUUGAAGAGUUUUAAUGGCACGGCAAAAUAGUCGUGCAAGAAUAUGCACUUAAGAGCAGACAUCACAUCUUUACCUAUAGAACCAGAUUUCCAUUUCUAGCAUUUGCACUUAGGUAAUUGUCAGAGGGCCUGAUGUGGCUACUCUAGAGUAACGACUCCAGCAUAGUCUUUUUAGGCUUUUAUUAAGUGCUGAUUAUUUACAGUGGUCAGAACGAUCUACAUACAUGCUUAAGGUGAGGUGUCAGAACCUCCGAAUGGCGAUUGGCGCGUUUUCUUCCAGCACAAAAGCUUUGGGAGACCCAACCUCUUCCCCCUACGUUUGCGUCGCAAUUCGGGAGUUGGGGGGAUUGGCCUUCCCCCCCCCGUGCGCCCAACUUCCUGUCCCACCUGGGGCAUGGGCUCCGCAACCUUGCCUGAGCCUCGGACACCACUUCCUGACUCUCCGCUGGAGGCAGAGCUCUCCUUACUCUCUCCAGCGCUUGGGGAUGGGCUGGAACUUAAGAUGGGAGGGACUUCCCUGUAUCCCUUGUCCCUCACAGUAAUGAUGGCAAACAGGUCCUGUAGUCCUAAGGGCCAACGCAGACACGACAUGGGAGUGCCAUGGCGGGAGAUCGUGGAAUCAUUUUCUUGUCCAAAUUACCCUGUAGGCAGGUUGCUUUAGAUCUGAGCUACAAGUUAACUUAACCUCCCUAUUGCAGCACUAAUUAAAAUCGCACACAUGUCCCACAGCUGUUUUUUGAACAAGAAAAUGACCUUGGGCGCUCCAAUCACAUCACGUCUCGUUUGGCCCUAAAUAUGUUGUUUCAUACCUCUCGGUCCUCCUUAAUUUAUGAACUAUUCUUGGGUGUGAGACGAGAACUUCUCCAAACACCUGCAAGUGUGCAGCCAUGGAGAAUCCACUCAUUUUAUUGGAGCUUUACAACAUUUUUUUUUAAGGUAGCAGAGACUUGGCACGUUUUGGAUUGUGCAAUAGCUAACACAAGGUGUGACCAGAAAGUUUGGUGAAUGGUCAUAGAAAUCGGACAGCGAGAAAUAUUCUAACAUACAAUUGGCCUCAGAAACCCACGAAAUGCUCACAAUUGUGUACGGAGAUGAAGCUGUAACUCGAAAGACAGUGUAUGAUGGAAACAAAAAAUAAUUUAAAAAAUCCUUCCAGUAGCACCUUAGAGACCAACUAAGUUUGUCAUAGGUAUGAGCUUUCACGUGCAUGCACACUUCUUCAGAUACACUGAAACAGGACCAACACGGCUACCUACCUGUAACUAGUGUAUGAUGGUUUAAGCCAGGCAUCCCCAAACUUCGGCCCUCCAGAUGUUUUGGACUACAAUUCCCAUCUUCCCCGACCACUGGUCCUGUUAGCUAGGGAUCAUGGAAGUUGUAGGCCAAAACAUCUGGAGGGCCGCAGUUUGGGGAUUCCUGGUAGUAGCGUUUCCGUGAAGGGCGGCAAAUCAUUGAAGAUUAUCCUCCGUCUGGCAGACCAUCGAUGAGCAGAACGGCAGCAAAUGUCAGCUGCAUUUGUGAGUUAUUGAUGCGGGAUUGGCGAAUGAUGGUGGAAGAAUUGCAUAUUCCGUGUGAAAUCAUUACUGAGGUUACUGAGUUGUCCCACCCUCCACAUUCUCUCGAUCUGGCCCCACCAGAUUUCUUUCUUUUUCCAAAACUGAAAUCUGCACUGAAAGGGCACAGAUUUUCCCAACAUUUCACACGUCCAAGCUGCUGUGACGAGGGAACUGAAAGCACUACGAAAAUAGGACUUUUCCAGAAGUUUCCAACAGUUCUACGAACAUUGUCAAUGGUGCAUUGUAUCAGAGGGGGCCUACUUUGAAGGCCUGUAAGGCAUGUAUGUUCAAAUAUUUCUCGCUGUCCGAUUUCUGUGACCAUUCACCAAACUUUCCGGUCACACCUUGUAGCAAAGAUUUACCAAAGCCAUCUAGUGAGUUAGUGCCUGAUACCAUAUUUGGAGAGAGGACUUUCUAGCUCACAGUCUGAGCCACCACAAUACAUCAACUAUCUGUUUUGCUUAUUACUGCGACUUCCUGUGCUAUGUCGGAAGUUGCUCCCAAAGGUCAGAAGCAACAUGGCGGAUGCUUCCGGCACCCAAAAAUUACAGGCAGAGCUUGUUGAACGGAUCUUUGGAUCCCUGCUAUGAGUCAGUAACUCCAUAGAUUGCAUGUGCAAUUUCUCAUAGAAUUCUGGAAAACCCCAACUGGUAGGCUCCCCUCAUUCUGCCAAGUGUGUACCACCAACAAUCACACCUAUAAAAUGAAGGGACAAUUUCCACAUUUCCCAGUGGAUGACCUCAAAAUUUGCACAUAUAAUGAGCCCUGCCCUUAUUUGCAUUCUGUUUGCGAGCUUGGCAUUUCCCUCUCAAUGUAGGCUUUAAAGAAAUAAAUACAUAUUUGUCGCAGAAAUAAUUCAUACAUCGACUCCAGCAUGAAAGAUGCUGCAGUGGGGCCAAAGGUAUGUUUGUGGUGGGAAAGCAGGCCUGUUUUAUUGUACAGUCUUAAAAAUCACUACCUUUUCUUUUAUCUUUAGAUUUCUGAAUAUUAAUUCUGGUUGCAUUCUUUAUUUUUCUUUUCUACAUGAUGUGGUUUCUUGUGACUGGGUUUUCUUGCAAUGGAAGCAAAAACUUAGAGAGGGUUGCUUGUACAAAGAUGUUUAUAUUCAUAGUAAUAUUAAAGUGGGACUCCGGUUCCUUUUUUUAUUAUUAAGGAUGAAUUUUGGUCAUGUUAUAGUUCAUGCUGGCAAAUGUGCAAUGCAGUUUCUGCAUCAUCACCAUUGUAUGGUUUUCCUAUGCUGUAGUACAUUGUGUUUAAUUUUACUCAGAUGCUGCUCUUUCAAAAGCGACCCAGGCUAUAUUUUUAUACGUAUAUUUUUAUAUGAAGUUAUCACUAUAGCAUGAAAGCCCACUGACAUUUAAUGUAAUAAUUAGUGUGGACCAGGUAUUUUCAUAAGUAGAUGCUAGUCAAUGAUAAAAGUAAAUGUGUAGAAAAGGAGUCUGAUCAGUGUAUUAUGUGGUACAAGAUUUCCAUGAUAUGAUGUUUGUUUGUUUGUUUGUUUGUUUGAUGCACAUAUGAAGAGAUCAGGAGAAAGUACCCCUUUAUUGUGUGCUGUCUUUAUCACAACCAAUUAUAGAAUACAUUGGUGGUACUCAGUUUUUUAAUUUCAAAAUUUUCUCUAGCAUAACCUUCCUGAUACUUUGGACCCCAGCUUCCCUCAGUCCCAGCCAGCAUAACAAGUGAACUGAAAUGAUGAGUAGAUUGUCAUCCAAGACAUGUUGAAAGGCAGCAGGCUGGGGAAGACUGCUUAGCAUCAGGAUGUAGAAGUAUUUCAUUGGCAAUAAUGAAGUCAUGAAGUUGUGCCUUUAGUCACUAGUUCCCUGAAACUACUCAACUAACACAGGGUUGCCGGAUGUCCAAAAUUUCCCGGACAUAUAUGGGAUUCGGCCAUCGGAAACAGUGUCCGGGUGGAAAUUGCUGGAAUGUCGGAGAAAAUCCCCAUGUAUGGCAACCCAUGUCGGAAGUGUAGAUUUUAAUGAAUUCCCUUCAAAAUAACUUUACAACAUUAUUAUUAUUAUUUUAGAUUUUUUUGGGGGGGGAAAUGUGUCCGGAUUUUCACUUUUUGAAAUAUGGCAACCCUAACUAACACUUCUUCUUGGGUAGAUAACUUUUCCAAAUUAUGCCAUAGUGAAUUAGCACAAUUUGGUGUGACCAAGGAGUCAAUUUGCGCAUGUGUGAAGCAGUCGUUUCACCAAAACAGCUCACAGUUAUUUCAAUGACUUCAGGGACACUUUUUCCAUAGUCAGUGUGGAAGCAAAAAUCUGUGCAUAUGCACCUUCUGCCUGGUUAAUGGUAGCUGAUAUGAAUUUUGCAUACUUUUUGCCUGGUAGAAUCUGUGCCACUUUAGAUGGGAAUAGGGUCCUGCAAGCUUUCAAGGAAAGGCGAUCCCUUCCACUCCUCGAAAAAUCCUUGCCGAUUAGAAAGGGCUUUGUCAGUCUUAGGCCUGUGUCUAAUCUUCCAAACAACUUAAGGUAUUCACGGAUGAAAUAUCUGCUCUCAAUCCAUUUGUCCAACUUCUGACCUGGUUGUGACACAGAGACAGGUUUAGAAGCCUUGAACUGUGCUACCAGACUGAUUGGGAAAUAAUUAUAUUGGCCACAACGCAGUGCACAGCUUUGCCAUGGCAUGGGGUGGUGAUCUAGUUAUCAAUGGGUCCGACUGCUAGCCGAUGUUCACUUAUGAGGAAUUAGCUGGAAUGUCAUGCCCACUGUGGCAUGUGCCAAUACACCCCUCUAGGAACCUGGGGGUUAGCAACCUAAUGCCCCUCCCUGAGUUAGGGCUGCAGGCAUAGGUGACACCACAAGAUCCAUUAAGGGGAUUCCCUCUGAGGAAAGUGAGGCACCCAUUACCUGGUUAAUCCAGCUAUAGAUGUUGCCUUAUGCCUCUCCCACGGCUACCAAGUUGAGACAAUAAAUGUUAAUAAUCCCAACCCCUGCAUUGCUAUGAGGAAGACAAAAUCACAGGACCAAUUGUGCUAGUGACUAAAAUUUCUUCCCAACCCUGUUAAUCAUGGGCUGACCAUCGUCCAGAACCAUGCACUUUAUGGAAACCCGCCAAGUGGCAAAAUCUGGGGAGCAAGAAAAUGAGGGAGGGCAGAGAAGUUGCUGACCAAACUGUUGAAGACCUAUAGCAAGGGCUGUACGUAUAGUCCAGGAGAGGACCAGAGGAGAGAAGACUUCUCUCUGGUCAACUCUGUUGGCCCCAUCUCUGGUCCUAAAAGACCUACAUUGGCUCCCAGUACGUUUCCAAAGCACAAUUCAAAGUGUUAGUGCUGACCUUUAAAGCCCUUAACGGCCUCAGCCCAGUAUACCUGAAGGAGCGUCUCCACCCCCAUCGUUCUGCCCGGACACUAAGGUCCAGUGCCAAGGGCCUUCUGGCGGUUCUCUCACUCUGAGAAGUGAGGUUACAGGGAACCAGGCAGAGGGCCUUCUCAGUAGUGCUGCCCGCACUGUGGAACACCCUCCCAUCACAUGUCAAGGAAGUAAACAACUAUCUGAUUUUUAGAAGACAUUUGAAGACAGCCCUGUUAGGGAAGUUUUUAAUCUUUGAUGUUUUAUCAUAUUUUUAAUAUUGUGUUGGGAGCCGCCCAGAGUGGCUGGGGAAACCCAGGGUAUAAAUAAUAAAUUAUUCUUAUGAUUUCAGGAGGUCAAUCAGGGCUUUCAAUUGGUCAGCCAAGGCAGAUUGAUUUGAAUCCCCAUGUGGCAGGUUGGCAGCAUGAGAGACGCUUCACAGCCACAUCAUAACAUGCUAGGGAACCUGCUCCCUCCUGCAAAUUGGGAUCCCCAGGGAAGGCAGAGACCUGGGACUUGUAUUAGAUGGAGUUGAGUCAAUGUUCGCCGUUCUGCACCAUUUACCAGAGGUGUGCAAUCAGUAACAUUACCCAAAUGGGGAUGAAGGAAAAAUUACCCUUGAAACACGCUCCUACUUAACUCCAAAGGUUAGUGAUUAAUUGAGAGCAAGAGAAUGCUGUUCCAAGUGAAAUGAAACCAUUGAAUCCGGUGGGACAAAGCUUAGCCAAAUCCCAACAAGCAAGGCAAAAAUUAAUUUCAUGAAUGUGUCCUACAGUGACUUGUUUGUGUAUCCACAUGCUUGCCAACUGUUAUACCAUAUAUUAUAGUUCCUUUAUGAACUCACAUAUUCAGUAUUUUCAAUGGGACACCUUUUUUU